AUGGGCAAUUUUCAAGAAGACAUGGAUUUGUAUUACUGGCGGUGGAGGAGGAAGAAACAAAAAAAAAGUGCAAUCAGGUCUAUAAGACGCCAAUUAAGGGAUAAUUCCAACCCCUUGGAGCUACCACAAGAACUAUUUAUCAAGAAUUAUCGAAUAAAUAAAAAUGUAUUCAAAUAUUUGCUAGAUACCCUCUCCGAUUCUUUCCCCAUAGCAAAAAAAUCAUUCGCUGUGCCGAAAAUCGUCAGGCUAAGUGCGUGUCUUCGUUUUUUUGCUGAAGGUGGGUACCAAAGAGGAGUCGGUAAGGACCACGAUGUAGGUAUUGCCCAAUCAACAUUCUCAGAAGUAUUGUCAAACUUCCUUAACAUUUUCGAGGAAAAUCUUUGUCCAGAAUGGAUCAAAAGUCAAACCGCAGAAGAGCAAAGAAGUACGAAUUUGCAUUUUUUCGAAAAAUAUAAACUUCCAGGAGUGAUUGGGUGUAUAGAUGGAACGCACGUAAGAAUUGUUGGACCGCAUGCAUCUCAGCACUUGUUUUUCAACAGAAAAGGAUUCUAUAGCCUGAAUGUUUUACUUAUUUGUGAUGAAGAAAUGAAGAUUCGUUUCGUCGAUGCAACACAUCCAGGAGCAUGCCACGAUUCAUUGGUGUGGAAAGUGUCGGAGUUUCGUUCCCAUUUGCUACAACGAUAUCUGAGUGGCGAACGAAAUUUUUGGCUAUUAGGUGACGCAGGAUACCCAUUAGCGCCAUGGCUACUUACUCCGCAUAGAACAUGCCAGGAAGGAUCACCGGAGAGUAAAUUCAACAAAGCACAUAAAGCCGCUCGCAAAAUAAUUGAGCAAGUGAACGGGGUUCUGAAAGGUAGGUGGAGAUGCAUUCUAGGCGCCAGAGAACUCCACUAUGAACCCCAAAAAGCAAUCCAAAUCGUUAACACAUGCUGUGCUUUACACAACAUGUGCAUAUUUUUUAAAAGCAGUCUUCCAAUGGAGUACCAGGUUGACUCAACGAUUCUGGAAGAUACCGCGGAUCCUUCGAAUGUGCUAUCUGAAAGUGACCUCCAAUCAGCAAGCGAUGCCGAAUAUUUAGCCGUUGGACAGGAAUUAAGAAGAAGUAUUGGAAACAGCAUUUGAAACUUAUUUUUUUUUUAUUUGAUAUAUCACAUCAUCUUCAAUUCACAGUC